UAAUAAAAUUACAAGAUAUAAAAAACCCUAUUCAACUGUGGUAAUUUUUAAUCGAAUAAUUUAAAUUAAAUUAAUAGAAAUGCCAGCGACCUUUUUGCAUCGAUUCGUUUUAAGUGUUGGUUUCUUAUCAUUGUUUCACUCGGCGUAUUCGGCAGCUCAACAUCGUUCGUAUUUACGUUUAAAUGAGUUGGAUUUUUCGCAUUUGCCGCUCGAUAUUAUAAUCCAGGCUUUAAUUAGCCUUUUUGUUAUCAUGUAUGGCGUAAUGAACGUCGCGGGUGAUUUCAAAGAAAUAAAAGCCUCAGCCGAGCUGGAAAACAAGUCUUGGGAGACUUUCCGUAACAUUCCUUCAUUUUACACAUUCAGUCAUCGCGGCAAGUACCUCGCUGUCUCCCAUCAGACGGGAAAUAAAAAACACAAUUGAUUGUAAUUAUUUAUUUGAAAUACUUUUGUAGCGUGCAUUUGUACAUUUAAAAAUAAAUAAUGCCUUUAGUCUUAAUACUUAAAAGAAA